AUGAAAAACAUUAGUAGUUUUGGGAUUUACACUGCAAUGUCGACUCUCAGAUUGCCUCACCCUGUGAGCUCCCCUAAUUUUGAUCUGAAAGUGCGCGGACGAGUUCAUCAUUGGUCACUCCGGCUUUGGAUGCCAGCAAGUGAUAUUCGACUCGAAGAACAAAAUCGUAAUUGCGUACGUUGCGAACGGAUUGAAGAUAGGAAUGUAUGA